AUGGCUUUACUCUUCAGAACAGCAAUGCAAACUGUGGGGCUUUCAUUUUCUUUGCUAGGAUGGGUUUUAGCCAUUAUUACCACUUAUCUGCCACACUGGAAGAACCUCAACCUGGACCUAAACGAACUGGAAAACUGGACCAUGGGGCUGUGGAAAACCUGCGUCAUCCAAGAGGAAGUGGGGAGGCAAUGCAAGGAUUUUGACUCCUUCCUGGCCUUGCCAGCUGAGCUCAGGAUCUCCAGGAUCUUAAUGUUUCUGUCGAAUGGGCUGGGGCUUCUGGGCCUGCUGGUCUCCGGCUUUGGCCUGGACUGCCUGAGAAUUGGAGAAAGACAGCAAGGGCUCAAGAAGCGACUGCUCAUCCUGGGAGGAGUCCUGCUCUGGACCUCGGGAGUGACAGCCCUCGUUCCAGUCUCCUGGGUGGCCCACAUGACGGUCCAGGAGUUCUGGGAUGAGACCAUCCCGGAGAUUGUGCCCAGGUGGGAGUUUGGGGAAGCCCUGUUCCUUGGCUGGUUUGCUGGUUUCUGCCUGGUGCUGGGAGGGUGUCUGCUUCACUGUGCAGCCUGCUCCAGCCCAGCUCCUGCAGCUUCGGGCCACUAUGCAGUGGCAGAAAUGCGAGAUCCAUCCCUGGAAAAUGGAACUGAAGAUCCCAGAGUGUAA